CUUUGCGUUUGUGGUCGUUGCGCACUCGCUUCUUUUUCACCAUAUUUGCAGAUAAACAUGGCCACCGUACCAGUAUCAACUAAUAAAACAACUCUAAUUUCUCUCAAGAAUUCUCAACCAUGGCUUCCUCUACUCUUUCUUCUGCAACCCCGUCACAGCUAUGUUCGAGCAAGAGUGGCAUGUUCAACCCAUCAAUUACUUUUCUUGCUAAGCCAUCGAGGAUUCAUGUGGUGAGGAAGGAGAAAGCGAUGAGAAUCACGUGCCAGGCUACGAGCAUUGCCGAUGAUAGAGUACCUGACAUGGAAAAGAGACAGCUCUUGAAUCUGCUUCUAUUGGGAGCUAUCUCACUUCCUACUGCUGGCAUGUUGGUUCCCUAUGCUUCCUUCUUUGUCCCACCCGGGAGUGGUGGUGGUGCUGGUGGUACUGUUGCCAAAGAUGCCGUUGGUAAUGAUGUCAUUGCAUCUGAAUGGCUUAAGACCCAUGGCCCUGGAGAUCGAACUCUCACACAAGGAUUAAAGGGAGACCCCACUUAUCUUGUUGUGGAGAAAGACAGAACUCUGGCUACUUAUGGAAUUAAUGCUGUCUGCACUCACCUUGGUUGUGUUGUGCCAUUCAACACAGCAGAGAAAAAAUUCAUCUGUCCCUGCCAUGGAUCCCAGUACAAUGAUCAAGGAAGAGUUGUAAGAGGACCUGCGCCUCUGUCGUUGGCUUUAGCUCAUGCUGAUAUAGAUGAUGGGAAGGUAGUGUUUGUUCCAUGGGUUGAGACUGAUUUCAGAACCGGCGAGGAACCAUGGUGGUCUUAAACAACCUGCUUCACCUCAUUCCGCCCUGUUUUCCAAUUCAUGUAAUGGAUAAUGGAUUUCUGUUUUGCAACAUUGUGUAAACAUUCUGUUUCAUGGAGCAGUGCCUUGUAAAAUUGUUUCAUAAGAUAAUAGGAGACAAAUCAUGUGGAAAUGACAGACAAUCUGUACUUCGUUUGUUGGUACUCAAGAUUCAGAAAGUCAUCUAUAUGGCCUCUAAUCUCUAUUGAAACU